GUAAGAGCGCGCGUGUGCACGAGGGGAUGGGAGAGGAGCGAGGAAGAGGAGAGAAGUGAAGUGGCUGUAGCUACGGGAUGGUUUGCUCCACGAAAGAUAUAUUUCAUUGUUACUUCCUGCACCAUUUUGGAGUCUAAAACCCGAAAACAAUACGCAUCUUUUCGACGGAAUACCUUAUUGUACUUAAAAGCAAAUUCUCAAAUGGAUGCUGCAGACGAAAGAUGACUUGAAACUAGCUCUACCUCUUUAGUGUAGAGACUGUGACGAUUUGUAAACCCCUGUGAGUAUUUUCUGAUCUGAGAUGACGGAAAUCAGUGACAAGGAGAACGAACCACAAAACAGGGACCUUCACCGACCACAGGCCACUGUGCCCAGCCAACCUGAAUCAAAGUUGCAGCGGCUGAAGCGCUCCCUGUCCUUCAAAUCAGUCAUGCGCAGCAAGAGUGUGGACAACUUUUUCCAACGCAGUAAUGGUGAAUCUCGUCUCCCAUCAGCCCUUAUAACCACUCCGCCACCCUUGCCAUCUCCUUCCCCCUUUUCCGAGUCCCCCCUGGCCUACGAGCGCUCUCCUUCUCUAUCCCCUUCUAUAAGUCCCAACCCUUCACUGUCAUCGCAUUCACCAUCUAUCAGUCCCUCUCAGUGCAUCCCCUCCAAAACCCAGCCAAAGUCUCAGGUCCAGCCAGUGCAGCCGCCCAAAACCCACUGUUUCCAGGAGCACGUCUUCCGUAGACCUACGAGCUGCCAGCGAUGUAAACACAUGAUCCAAGGGAACUCCAAGCAGGGGCUGCGUUGUAAAGCCUGUAAACUGGCAGCCCACCUCUGGUGCUCAUCAGAGCUCUCCCAGCAGGCCUGUAAUGGCAAGACAGGAGCUUUCAAGAGAAACUUCAGUUCUCCUCUGCUAACCAUCGAUUCGCUGGGUGUGGUCAGAGAGGCUCCUGCUGCUCAGGAGGCAGAUAACUGCACUGUCGACCCUGUGUACGAGGCGCUUCGCUAUGGGACGUCACUGGCUCAGAUGAGUCGCUCAAGUUUUGGCAGCAUCUCGGAGUCGCCCUGUCAUGAAGCAGAAAAACUGCAGGACAAACUAGAAAACCAGCCUAUAGCAGAAGAGGAAAACAUCCCAGGAAUGCUAACCCCUCCUGAAAGUGAGAAGGCCGAUUCAGAAGACAGGGUCAGCCUGAAGACUCCCAAACGAGCAGAGCUUCACUCCAUCAACACCUAUGUGGCCCUAUACAAGUUCCUGCCUCAGGAGAAGGACGAUUUGGAGCUACAGCCUGGUGACAGAGUUCAAGUCACAGAUGACUCAAACGAGGACUGGUGGAAGGGGAAAAGCAGAGACAAGGUAGGAUUUUUCCCGGCCAACUUUGUGCAACGAAUUCGCGCCGGUGAGCGGGUGUGGAAGGUCACCACCGGUUCCCACGGCAACCGAGACAAAGGCCAGAUGACUGUGAAAGAGGCCCAGAUCUGUGUGGGGAAGAAUGAGGAGAUUGAUGGUUUCCUUCGACUGAGCAGUGGGAAGAAGAGAGGCUUGGUCCCUGUGAAGUACCUGCUAGAAAUAUGAUGGUAGUGCACUUUGCUUUGACUCUCAGUUUGAUAAAGUUCACUUUGAUGGAGGAAUACUCAGGAGUGUUUACCCAACACCUCACUGACCGCCAGCUACACACCACCACCUCUCCAAAAAGUGGCCGAAAAUUUAAGUAGAGGACAACCCACAACUUUGCUUUAUACUGCAGAAGACUGAAGGUUAACAUUUAAUGGAGUUGGGACUUUUUCUUUUGGGCUACUUUUCUGGUAGCAGAACUUUGCUUUUUGUGUUUUAUGCAUACAACAGAAAUGUAGCAUCAUAUUGGAAAGGAUAGUGUGCAGGAAGUCUGGCUACCUCAUAGCCAUCUCCAUUGGCCAUCAGUCUGUGAAAAAGGAGAUUACUAGCGACUACUUUAUUAUGAUGUCAAGGCUGUCCAACCUAAAGGACUCUGUGAGCAAACUGUUUUCAAUACAUUGUAUGUGGAGAGAGAACACGAUUAUGAAAGACUGUAGCUGUUUAUUGUAGUGGCUUAUGCAAGCACUUUUUGGUUGGGUUUUUUGUCUGAGGCAGAUUUGGUUUAGUAGAUUGUACUGUAUGCGCAGACUGCAGCUCAUAUGCAUGUGUCUGCUAGAUAUAAUGGAUAGAUGAUGUGCACGUAUCACCCCUGAUCUGAUAGGAAAAUGAUAAAAUGAUUCAGGUAUUACAUUAUGUAAAAAAAAAAAAAAAAAAAAGGCUACAUUUUGGUCAAAUAAGUCAUAACACACAAACAGACAUUCUGGGGUUUCUGGCUGUCUUACUCUCCUCCAGCGAUUAGAUUACAGCACAUUUUUCUCUUCACAGCUUCGAUGUGACAAAUGCUUUGCAUGCACCUCGGGGAGCUUUUUUUCUCAGUAUGCCCUUCAAUCACACUCUGUCUAAACACGAACAUACACAGAUUUUAUAGCUCACCCUGUUCCAUGUAACUCUAAAACUAACCACUAGUCUGUUUCUUCUCAUAAUAUUCUCAGCAUUGUUUGGCUCUGUGUUAGUGUCUAAUAAUAUUUGCUGUCAUACCUGGUUGUGUACUACAACAUGAGGAUGAUGUGCUGUCUUGAAAUUUUGAUGUAAUGGACUUGAUUUUCUUCCACUGUAGAGCAGAGAAAAGAAA